GCAGGCGCGGGGCUCGUGCCGCCCUGCAGACGCCGCCGCCGCUGCUCCCGCGUUCCGCCAUGGUCAACCCCACCGUGUUCUUCGACAUCGCGGCCGAUGGCGAGCCGCUGGGCCGCGUGUCCUUCGAGCUGUUCGCCGACAAGGUCCCGAAGACGGCAGAGAACUUCCGCGCGCUGAGCACCGGCGAGAAGGGCUUCGGCUACAAGGGCUCCUGCUUCCACCGCAUCAUCCCCGGCUUCAUGUGCCAGGGUGGGGACUUCACGCGCCACAACGGCACCGGCGGCAAGUCCAUCUACGGAGAGAAGUUUGACGAUGAGAACUUCAUCCUCAAGCACACGGGGCCUGGCAUCUUGUCCAUGGCAAAUGCUGGACCCAACACCAAUGGUUCCCAGUUCUUCAUCUGCACCGCCAAGACUGAGUGGUUGGACGGCAAGCAUGUGGUGUUUGGCAAGGUGAAGGAGGGCAUGAAUAUCGUGGAGGCUAUGGAGCGCUUUGGGUCCAGGAACGGCAAGACCAGCAAGAAGAUCACGAUUUCCGACUGCGGACAAGUCUAAAGGCUCAUUCUCUCGACCACCAGACCAUUCCUUCCUUCUGCAGCUCAGGAGAGCGCCCUGUCCCCUAUGUGCUCGGAAUGCCCUCUGGUCCCUGUGCUCUCCCUGCGGUUCUCUCGGUUCCACUGUUUCCUACACCCAUUCCCUCCAAGUCUAGCUGGAUUGCAGAGUUGUUUAUGAUUAUGAAAUAAAAAAUAAGUAAGA